AUGAUGGCUACGACACCUACCUACGAUAGCGACCGGACGAUCCAGGGUGAUCGUAGCUUGAGUGAUACUGAAGAUCUGAUCAAAGGCGUCACUGUCACUUUCAGAGAUGUGAGCAUUGAAGUUCAUGGACUGGGAGAGGACUUCGGGUCGACAUGCCUCUCUGUACUCGGCGACUUGGUUCCGUUCAGCAAGAGCAAGAAGUCUAAAAGACACAUUCUUCAAAAUGUUCACGGUCAGGUUCGCCCUGGCGAAAUGCUACUCGUUCUCGGACGGCCUGGCUCCGGUUGCACCUCACUUCUCAAAGUCAUCUCCAACCAUAGAGAAGAGUUCCACCAUGUCGGCGGCGAUGUGAGAUACGGAGAUCUUGGGCCUAAGGGUGCCCAGCAGUUUCGCAACCAGAUCGCGAUGAACACCGAGGACGACUUGCACUUCCCAACACUGGAAGUCAAGAAGACUCUCGAUUUUGCGAACUUCGCCAAACUCCCAGCCCAAAGACAGGGAGAUCUCUCGAACGCGGACGAAUGGGUGUCGCAGAAAACGGACGCGAUUCUCAACUCGCUAGCGAUUGGUCAUACCAAGGACACCAUGGUCGGCGAUGAAGUGAUCCGUGGCGUCUCGGGCGGCGAGAGAAAGAGAGUAUCCAUUGCAGAAGUGAUGGCAACGCAGGCCACGGUUCAGUGUUGGGACAACUCCACAAGAGGCUUGGAUGCCAGUAACGCGUUGGACUUUGUCCGCGUGCUGCGCAAGAUGGCCGAUGAAGAGCACAAGUCCAUUGCUGCAACUCUGUACCAAGCCGGCAACGGAAUCUAUGACCUCUUUGACAACGUUCUUGUCUUAGCUGAGGGGAGAGAGAUUUACUAUGGUCCUACAUCCGAAGCGAAGCAGUACUUCGAAAACAUGGGCUUUGAAUACAUCCCAGGAGCCAAUAUCUCCGACUUUUUGACCUCUGUUUCAGUCGAGACCGAACGACAAGUCCGGGCAGGAUACGAGGACAAGGUUCCGAGCACUGCCGCCGAAUUCGAAUCUGCGUACAAAGCCAGCCCUCUCUUUGACCGCAUGACAGCAACAAUGGAGCAGAAGUCGGACAAAUCUCUUUCAGAUGAGGUUGGAAACUUGCUCGCCAUCCGUCAACAAGAGAAGAACCGCUCGUUGCCGUUCCUCUCUCGCCAAGGAAGUCCAUACCAAGUCUCAUUUGUGAGCCAAGUAAGGACUUGCAUCAAGAGACAAUUCCAGAUCAUCUGGGGUGAUCGAUGGUCGAAUGUACUCCAGAUUGCCUCUGCCCUCAUCAUGGCUUUGGUGACAGCGAGUCUGUUCAAUGACCUCAAGGAGGACAGCACGUCAAUUUUCACCCGACCGGGUGCUCUAUUCUUUCCCAUUCAGCUUUUUGCCAUGAACAAGAUGUCAGAAACCACGGCAUCGUUCAUGGGACGCCGCAUCAUCUCCCGACACAAACGGCUCGCUUUCAACAGACCCGGCGCCUACGCACUGGCGUGUGCUGCAACGGAUGUUCCGCUGACCAUCUUGGUUUUCUCGCUGUUUCAACUGAUUUACUACUUCAUGGUCAAUUUUCAGAGGGAGGUUGGGCAUUUCUUCACGAACUGGUUCGUACACAUCAUUUGUGCACUCUGUUUCGCUUCUCUUUACCGCAUGAUCGGGGCGUGGUGUACGCAUUUCGGAUUGGCCUCCCAGAUCACAGGAUGGAUGACCAUGGUGUACAUGGUCUAUGCAGGAUAUCUCAUCCCGGUUCCGAGUAUGCCUGUUUGGUUUCGUUGGAUCAGUUGGCUGAAUCCAGCCACUUACACCUUCGAGGCGAUCAUGGCUACCGAAAUGGGAGAUCUCAAUCUCGACUGCGUUGAACCUCAGUACAUCCCAUUUGGACCGAGCUAUAACGACAGUCAAUAUCGGAGCUGUACUGUCCGUGGUGCUGCGUCGGGCUCCUCCAUGAUUGACGCCGAGACGUACAUGAAUGCUCAGUACUCGGUGUACCGGGCCCAUGUCUGGCGCAACGCCGGGAUACUCAUCGGACUUUGGCUUUUCUUUGCUUUCAUGACGGCAGUCGGCUUUGAGAUCAACCUUCAUGCAGACGCUGGCUCGAAGAUUGUGUUUGACCGCCGAAGUCGGCGAAAACAAUCGGCUCGCGAUGCCGACACGGAGAAGGCAGCUGUGACAGCCGCAUCAUUGGAUGCGUCGUCUGUCUCACUGAGCAAGACGGUCUUCACGUUCAAGGACAUCAGUUAUUUCGUUCGCCAUGGUGGCCAAGAUCUUCAGCUUCUUGAUCGAGUUUCUGGUUACGUCAAGCCAGGGCAACUGGUAGCUCUGAUGGGAAGCUCAGGUGCCGGGAAGACCACAUUGAUGGAUGUGUUGGCACAGAGAAAGGACAGCGGGAGGAUCGAGGGAAGCAUCAUGGUCAACGGCAAGCCUCAAGGAAUAAGCUUUCAGCGCACUACCGGGUACUGCGAGCAGAACGACGUUCACGAGCCUACCGCAACAGUUUGGGAGAGUCUUCUCUUUUCGGCAAGACUACGCCAAAGUUUCAAGGUCCCUGACGAGGAGAAGCAGGAAUAUGUCAAAGGAAUCAUGGACUUGCUGGAGUUGACUCCCUUGCAGCAUGCCCUUGUCGGCACCCCUGGAUCAGGUCUCUCGAUCGAACAGCGCAAACGACUGACCCUCGCAACCGAACUCGUCGCCAAGCCAUCUCUCCUGUUUCUCGACGAACCCACGUCUGGUCUCGACGGCCAGUCGGCCUACGAAAUCUGCCGCUUCUUGCGCAAGCUCGCUGCUUCUGGCCAGACAAUCAUAUGCACUAUCCACCAGCCCUCAGCCACCCUGUUCGAUGCCUUUGAUGUGUUACUCCUUCUGGCACGUGGGGGUAGAACGACCUACUUCGGACCAACGGGGAAGACAUCCGCUACAGUAGUUGACUAUUUCGCCCGGAAUGGGGCUCCUUGUCCGCCCGACUCGAACCCUGCCGAGCACAUAGUUGAUGUUGUCCAAGGUCGCUUCGGAACCGAGAUUGAUUGGCCAGAGACCUGGCUCAAGUCCCAAGAGCGAAAUUCCGCCAUGUCCGAACUGGAAGCGCUGAACUCUCCUGAAGGUCACGAGAAGACGGCAGCUUCUUCGACAACCACGAUCCAGGACGAUGAACAGCUGACUGGCUUCGCAACACCUCUCCUGUACCAAGUCAGUCUCGUCACUCGCCGUCAGCUGGUUGCCUUGUGGCGCAACCCGGACUAUGUCUGGAACAAGAUCGGUCUGCAUAUUACCAACGGACUAUUCGGCGGCUUCACCUUCUGGAUGUUGGGCAACGGGACGUUCGACUUGCAGCUUCGGCUGAUGGCCGUGUUCAACUUCGUUUUCGUCGCACCAGGAUGCAUCAAUCAGUUGCAACCGCUUUUCAUACGCAACCGCGAUGUCUUCGAGACCCGGGAGAAGAAGUCUAAGACGUACCAUUGGUUCGCGUUCGUUGCCGCGCAGCUCUUGUCCGAGACCCCCGUGCUGAUUGUGUGCGGCACACUUGCGUUCGUUACGUGGUACUUCACAGUCGGUUUCCCGACUGAGGCCAGUGUGUCGGGACAGGUCUACCUGCAAAUGAUCCUCUAUGAGUUCCUUUACACAUCCCUUGGUCAAGCCAUCGCUGCCUACAGCCCUAACGCGUACUUCGCGGCGUUGGCCAACCCCAUUCUCAUUGGCGCUGGCCUGAUCAACUUCUGCGGUGUGGUUGUUCCAUACUCCCAGAUCACUGCCUUCUGGAGAUAUUGGCUCUACUGGCUGGAUCCUUUCACCUAUCUUAUCCAGGGUCUUCUCGAACCUGUGUCUUGGGGUGUCGAAGUCGAGUGCCAACCGAACGAGUUGACACAUAUCCCCUUGCCGAGUAACAGUACUUGCGGAGAGUACAUCUCGGAGUUCUUGUCGUCGAAUGCAGGCUAUGUCGUCGACUCGGCCAAUGACACCUCCUGUGCCUAUUGCCCAUACAGCACCGGCGCGGACUAUAUGCGGACGAUGAACAUCAACGAUUCCAGUUACGGCUGGCGAGGUGUUGGCAUCACCGCCCUCUUUUGUGUAUCGUCAUACGCUCUUGUGUUCUUGAUGAUGAAGCUCCGAACGAAAACAACGAAGACAGCCAACUGA